AUGAUCGACGAACAGCAUCCAAUGCAAAUUGGAAUGUUUCCAAUGGACAUCAAAUGUCAACAGCAGCAACAUACAGUGGCAGGAGCACCGACAGUUGCCCACAAUGACAAAAUGGCGACAGGCAGUCGAAAUGUCAACGGAAGUUGUAACAACCACAACAAUAACAGCGGCAACAGCAACAGUAACAACAACAGCAACAUCAAUGGCAACAACAACACUAACACAAACAAAAGUAAUGGCAAUGCCCAACAAACGCACGCAUGCGGCCCGGGACCCCCAAUGCAGAAUCCGCACCAACACCUCCAUCAUCAACACCAACACCAACACCAUCAUCAGCAACAGCAACAGCAACAGCAACCAACCCAAUCCCAACUUUGCACUCGCAUUGCCUUGGGUGAAUGCAGCCUGAACGGCUUGGCCACGUUUUCAGCCCCAAAUACAACAACAACUCACACACCGCAAGCGCCUCAAGUGCCACACAUGGUGGUCGGCAUGGCUCCGCCCCCACCGCCCCCACCUUCCCUGCUGCUCAAUCAAUGCGCCUACUGUUGCCAACCCAUUUGUGAUCGCUACAUCAUGCGAGUGGUGGACAACUCCUUCCACGAGGGUUGCCUCAAGUGUGCCACCUGCUCCCUGCAUUUGGUGCACACGUGCUAUGCGCGCGAUGGCAAGCUCUACUGUCGCAUCGACUACGAAAGACUCUACAUUCGCAAUCGUUGCCUUGGCUGUGGCCAUAAAAUUGCCGCCGAUGAGCUCGUGAUGCGCACCCACGACAAUGUUUUCCAUUUGAAAUGCUUUGCCUGUGUCGUCUGUGGUGCGCUGCUUAAAAAGGGCGAACAGUAUGUGGUAAAGCAGGGUCAGCUCUUCUGUCGGUUCGACUAUGAGAAGGAGGUGGAAAUGCUGCAGGGCUAUGACUUCUAUGGAGAUGAGUUGUUUCCACCCAAGCUGGAUGGAAGGCGAGGACCGAAAAGGCCUCGCACCAUACUCAAUACACAACAGCGACGCGCUUUUAAGGCGUCCUUUGAAGUAUCGCCUAAGCCUUGUCGUAAAGUUAGAGAGAAUCUGGCAAAGGAGACUGGUUUAAGCUUAAGAAUUGUACAGGUUUGGUUCCAAAACCAGCGCGCUAAAGUCAAAAAGAUACAAAAGAAGGCCAAGCAGGAACCGGCCACUAAGGGAGUUUGCGAUUCACAAGACUCCCAAGAGUCGCAGGAUAGCAGUAUGACAAAAAUCAAAGACGAGGCACACAGCGACAGCGAAUCGCAAAUGGAGUCCCCCUUUUCCAUAGGAUCUGAUGGUCUGGCCAAGUUGCGCUGCAGCAUCAAGGAUGAGCAGGAGCACGUGCCGUUUAGCUGCAUGGAAACCAACAAAGAGAACUGCAACAAGAACAACGAGCCCAUUCUAAAUACCAUUUUGGGUCUGAGCUAUGCAACCUUUCAACAGCUAAUGGGACCCUUUACGCAAACCCCAAUGAUCAACCCGAUCGAUCGAUUAUACAGCAUGCAAAGCUCUUAUUUCAGGCCCGAGGAACUCGGCGCCUAUAGCGAAUGUGGAGGCAAGGAUACCAUGGAGCAUUAGAUAGUGUGUGUGGGCAGACACGCAUUUUAAACUAAAAUCAAAAUUAGACUUUGUAAAAUAAAGAAAAUGUUAAAUUUACUAGCAACUAGAAACUAGUCAUACACACGCACAUACCACACUCGGGCUAGUGUCCAGUGUCAGUCGCAUGU